UUAAUAGCGUAUCAAAGUUGCUACAAUGCCUAUGAUAUGAUCAAUUAUAUUCUCCGUGUACAUUUGUAUAUUUAUUUCGUGCGUGAACUUUGAAACGGAGAGCGAAAAUGGCAAAUAAUCGUAUACCGUCGGGUCCGAACACUCCAGGUAGUCAGCAGACGCCUACACAGCAAGGAACAAAGAUUUUUAUACAAAGAGACUACUCGGAAGGGACUGCAGUAAAGUUCCAGACGAGAUUCCCUCCCGAAUUGGAGGAUAGGGUUGACCGUCAAACAUUUGAAUACACAAUGGACCGCUUGAAUGAGCAUUUCGAGAUGGCAGAGACGGCUGAUUGUAGUACGUACUGUGAAGGAUGCCUUGCUUGCUUGACUGCAUAUUUCAUUUACAUUUGUACAGAGACACAUUAUGAAAAGCACUUAAGAAAAAUAUCAAAAUUCAUCGCAACGCAGAACGAAAGAGUGUAUAAUCCACGUGGAAUACAUAUAACGGAUCCAAUAUUAAGAGGACUACGUGUAAUAGAGAUUACCAUAAUCGACCUACCGAACUGCCAGAGUCCAACGGGUAACUCAGGGUCCCAGAUAAGGCACACUUGACCACCACACGAGAACAGGGAAUUUUUCAUGUAACAAUCACGGUACUGGUUUUAAAUACCAGUCCGUUGUGCUAAUAGAAAAACAUUGAAACAAUUGGCUUUAAAAUUUGCUUCUGUUUAGUGUGAAUGAAAGAAAUUUAUUAGUGUAAAAAAACAAUGUUUGGAAGUUAACAGUGAUUUAGAGUAUAAUUAGUUUUUGUGAAGUUCGUAUGAAAAUGAAGUAGUUGCGGUAGAUAUCUUGUUGUACUGAAGUUACAUACUUCAAUACUGACACACAUAUGGGUAUAUAAGGUAUCUGUAUCUAUUUUUAGGGCAUGUUUCCUAUAUUAGCUCUAGGACCUUGGUUCUAAUCUGUUAUCACUAUAUAAUUGAUUGAGAACUUUUAAAGCUUUGCAGUAAACCUAGUUUACAACUAGGUAAUUUAAUGUGGAUGUCAAUUGAGGAGACCAAGAAAAGAACGAUUACAAUCAUCUAUUUAAGUUACACGCUGAGCAUAUUUUUCCUAAAUCAGGGAAAGGCUAAUGGAGUGCAACAUCCUGAAAAAUUAACUUUUAGUUUUAGGCAUAAAAUGCUUGAGACUAAAUGGUAGAAAAGUUGAAGAAGAUUAUUAAAAAUUUUUUUAGGUAAAAUGAAUUACACACAUUAUGUCAACAUUGACUUUAUUUCAGAUAGCAUUUUUACAUAUCUUUUUCACCAAUGUUGAACAGUUUUC